AUGGCUCUUCAUCUCCCCCGGGGCAAGUCGUCGAACUCGCUGAAAGACGAGCCGAAAAAAAAGGCGUUGAAGAAAUUCACCGCCGGCAAGGUCAGCCGCAACUCCUCGUACGGGACGUAUCUCAACAAGCUCACGCGGAUCAAGAGCAACGACUCGGGGGGCUCCUCCAACGAGCCCGAACGACCCAAGUUCCAGCGCUCCAAGUCGUCCGCAGACAUGCUCAAGACGCUGUCGUACAACAACAAGCUGACCAGCCUGGUCACUGCCAACGAGCGGACCAAGAGCAUGACCAACCUCAAGAUGCUCAACACAAAGCCCUCCAAGUACAAGCUCACGAUCGACGCCAAGGCCGACGACUCUGUUUCGUCCGAGGACGAGGAGGAGGUCGACACGUUUGACGACAACGCGCGAGACGCUCCGGCGCCAGCGCCGCAACCGUUUCACGAGAAGAGCUACGGGCUGUCGCAGUCGGCAGACGAGGAGAGGCCCAUGUACGACGCGCCGCUGCAGGCUAGCGGGAGUUCGAGGCCGUCGUCCUCCGAGCCGUCGCAGCCGCAGAACGAGCCCAGCGUGCCCGCGACGCCGCCGAGCUCGACGCCCGCCAAGACGUCCGUCCAGACCCGAACGCAGCAGAAGCUCUGGCUGCAGCGAGAAAACCUGCACUCGCUGGCCGACAUGGCCGACUCCAACAACGUUUUUGCGUCGAACGCGACGCGGCUCGCGUUCGAGCAGCUCUCGCGCGAGUUCCUCUCGAUUCGCAGAUACAGCAACCCGGCAAUCAAGUCUCUGGCACGGCUGAGCUCGAGUUCGCUCAAGGUGAAGAAAACACGCGACGCGGAGCAGCCCGACGAGUUCGCGGGCCGGCUCGCGGACUUGGGCGCCGUGGUAGACCGCAUGUGGAAGAAGAACUGCGCCGACUUCGAGCAGAAGCACAAGCUGCACCACGGCGCUCCCGAGCGCAAGAAGCCGCCCCACCCACACCCGCAGCCCGUGCGCCAGUACGGCCACCCGCCGCCCACCACGCGCGCGCAGCAGCAGGCCAAGCGCUCCUCGCUGAACGUCGUCAACCUACAAAACUAG